AAUUUGCUGAUAUGUAGUUGUUUUUUGAAUUCUUCUUCAAUCUCCAUCUUCAUUACUGUAUUUUUUCUUUGGGUCAAAGUGACGGACUCUCUGAAUCAAAAAACUAAACAAUAUUCAUCAAACUUAUUCAAACAAUUAAUUAAAAAACUGUAAAACUUCGUUUCUUUUCUUUUCCAUAUACUUUGUGUUCAAAAUUACUUGUGCGCGAUAACUAUUUUUGUGAAUAUUGAGCUGAUCAAAUUUCUUAUUCAUGCAGUUAGAAAAUUGAAAUUUUUUGCUGAACAAAAUUGGAAGACUUGCUGUAUGUUAGCAUUUUUUCUCUUUCUGUCUUGUCUCAAAUACGGAUUUGUAAUUUAUAGUACGCCUUUAUUAAAUAUUCUUGAUUGAUAUGUUGUUAGUUGGUUGUUAUUUCGACUGGAUGUUCUUAGUUUUCGCAAUCUUCGCUUUAGCUGUUUUCGCUUUAGCAGACCUUUCAUUUGCCGAGGGAGUAGGAGACGAGAUAGAACUGCGAUGGGAGCCCCAAAACUCAAACCAAGCUUCUUUGUCUAGUUCUGAUUCAUCAGUGCAGCUGUGUCCUUCACCCAUCACCUCUUCAGCAUCUAUUGCUUUCACUUCUCCCGUUGAACUAGCCAGCAGCGGACAGAUCAUGCUCAGCUUCAACGUGCAGUCUAAACUUCAGGCUCCUCCUCUCAAAAUACGAUACAAAAUCUCUCCCCCUCCAGAACACACUUUUAACCAAAACUGUGCCUCACCCUUGUUCUCGGCGACUGGAAGCCCCUCGUCAUCCGCGACCGGUAGAUCCCAACUCUCUUUGGACUUCCAGGAGUUUGACUGGGCCUCGCAGCCUCAACCGGCGCCAAAAAAGGGAGACAACUUUUUAAUGGUCAAUCUACCUUGUGACGAGAACAUUUUUGUACUCGAAGUGUCCUUGGAGGUGACCCGACCCCUUCUAGAUUCCGCCUCGCAAUCUUCGUGUGUCACCAUCGAACAACCCACCUUCUCACUCUCAACAGCCUGCAAACCCAAAUAUUUUCGCGACAGACUGACUUUCUUGCGUCAAACCUUUGGUGAAGGUUUCCGCUCCGAGGAGUGCAUCGCUAAUGCACAGUCGAAAUACAUCCGCGGCGACAUGUCUGGAAAAUUUGGAUUCUUGACGUCAUCAACCACAGUUGAUAAACUUCAGUACCAGUGUAUCCGCAAGUUCUCCCUGAUGGAGUUUGAAUUCUACCCGGUAGAGCAAGGGUCAAGUGAGGUCAAAUUACCCGAAAGUAGUCGUGUACCAUCCUGUGUAUGCAUUGCAGGCUACGAAGUUUCAGAGGACUCAGAAGGGAUUGUCACCUGCAGACCGUGUGGCCCCAACUCGUUCAAGUCAUCAGUUGCUCGUGACUCGUGUGCCUUCUGUCCCCCCAACAGUAAGCCCUGGACUAACAGGAGGGGCUGUGAGUGUAAAGAGGGCUUUUUCCCCAACUACCCCUCCUCCGCUGCGCUGGCUCCUGGGGAGAUCGAGUCCUGCGAGGAACUUCCGAAACCUGUCAGACAGCUCAGCUGGCAGAAGUCGGGAAGUGUAGUGUUCUUAUACUGGAGACCUCCUCAGAAUCUAGUCACCGCCUCGCAACAGAAGGCAACCUCCUACUCAAUCGAGGUACUCAACUCCACCUCUGCAGUCAGUGUGGCCAACUACUCUGCCAUAUUCCAAUCACUCCUUCUAGACAGUCUAAAUCCUGGUGAGAAGUACAGAGUGAGAGUGAGGGCCAAUUAUAAAGGAAGACAGGGCGAGGAGACGACCAUCGAAGUCGCCACAUCUCAGCCAUGGACUUUCAACUUCACCAAACAGGACUCUUCAUCUGGUCAGAAGAGUGGAAGUGGGGGUUAUGUGGUUCUCAGCUGGAGAAAACAACCUGCACUCAGUCUGAAACACUUCCACCACUACAACAUACAGGUGUUGCCCAGGCAGUUGGCCUCCAGAAAGAGUGGCCGUGUUGGAGGGUUGUUGGUGGUGUUGGAUGCAGAAGUGGUGGCAAACCAGUACUCCUUCAAUGCAGACCAUAUCAAGCCCAUCUAUGGCAGCUACUGGGACCAGCAACAGGCCAAGUAUGUCGAGUAUAGUCCCAUGUCCACAGAUUACUGUGUGCGAGUGGGCAUUGUGGAACAGUUCUCGAACCCAUUCAUCUCUCCAUCGUCUUCUUCUGCUGCAGAAGAUGGAAGCAUGUUUUAUUUGCACACUCAUUGGUCGGAGAAAUGCGAACCAGUAGUCAUUGGUGGGUUCGUGUUUGCCAAAGUGAUCCUUUGGUCCUGUGUGUUUGUUCUGUUUGUCAUCGUGCUCCUGCUGUGCCUGGUGGUCGGCUGCUGUUUCGUCAAAUACAAGAGGAGGCAGUUCGAGGCUCUCUACCCGCACCCCCUCCCCCACGCUGCCCACUCUACACACCACCUGAACCUGAACUCACACUACCCCAUGCAUCAAGCCUCCGCAUAUCAAGGGUCCGAAUAUAUUGUCGCGAACGGACAGUAUCAGGCGCACCCCCUCACACUUAAUGACAACGGGGGAACCUACAUGCCUGUCGGUGGCGCCGGCUGCGGGGGAUCCCCCUUUUGGGGCGGCGGCAGUCCCCCCACGCCGUCAGCAGAAAUGCUCUACCACCCCGCCAAUGCAAUUCUACCCCAUUCAGCUAGGCAUGCAAUGGGCAUGGAUAACGAUAUCUACGAGGCUCUGAACCAGCACAAGUACAACAUGAGUUUGGGACAUCAUGACGUCGGCCAACUCGCAGGUCACAAGGGGUCACUAGAGGUGAACAGAGGUCAAGGUCAAAUGAGUCUAAAUGGGGUUAUGAAUACUGACGAGAUAUACAAAAUGGAAAAAGACUUCUCAAGUAUGGACAACAUUUUGAACUUGAGUAACUACCAAUGUGGCAAAGUUGGGAGCGGCAUAAGUGAAUCUAGUGAUCAGGGCGAAUACCAUCAUAAGGCUUCAUUGACGAACAAAGGCCGGGGCCAUGCUGGGGUGAAAAGCAAGCACAAACCUCCUUUGCCUGUGAGGUGUCCCAAUGGAGAAGCACUUCCCAAUGCUCACUCGACCAUUUCAUCGAAUAACUCAACUGACUCGCCUAAACUUUCAGACGACAGGCCUUACACGACACUCGAUCAGAAUUGCGAACAUCUCAGCCAAUCACAAUCGAGACUGGAUUCGACCAAUCAGCGAACUGUGCCUGUUUCUAAUCAGCAUUUCGUACCUAUCCGACCAACUAGAGUUCCGCCGCCUCCUCAAAUGAGUGUGCAGAGCAUUUAUGAAGAUUUGGAUACCUCAAAAAAAGCAAUUUUCACAUCACAAGAUACUUAGGGAUGAAUCAAGUGGUGAAAUUGGAGAGAAAAAAAGCUGCCUAAAACUGAAAACAAACUCAUUUUUACUUUGCUGGCCAUGUUGUAGAGUCAGAUAAGUUAGGUAAAUAGCAAUAAGCCUACUAAAUGCUGGUAAUUUUGAUUAGC